CUGCUAUAACACUAGCAUCAACGAGGGUGAGGAGACAAGCGAGUCGAGAAUGGCUUACCUCCAGCAAGCGCCGGCAUGGUUCCUCUGGCUGGCCUCCCUCGGCGCGCUAUACGUCUCGGCAUUCUUGCCCCGCCUCCUCGUCUACCUCACGCACUGCCUGCGCCGGCCCGAGGACCUCCGCCUGCGCUACGGCACGUGGGCCGUCGUCACCGGCCCGACGUCUGGCAUCGGCCGGUCCGUCGCCCUGGAGCUCGCACGCCGGGGCCUCAACCUUGUUCUGGUUGACCUCGACGCCGCCAAUCUCCACGAAGUCUCCGGCACGAUCAUGUCUCGCCACGCCGUGCAGACCAUGGCCGUGGUAUUCGACCUCUCGCUCGUCUCCACUCGUAAAGGUGACGAGGCAUUGCGGCGGCUCCGGGAUGCCGUGAAGAAGCUGGACGUGGGGAUUCUGGUGAACAACGCCGGGAUAGCGAAGCCGGGUGCGGUGUUCCUGCAUGAGGCCGACGUGGAGGCGUGGGUGAGGAUGAUUCGCGUGAACCUGUGGGCGGUGACGGAGGUGACCGCCGCGGUGCUGCCCGGGAUGCUGCGGCGGGGCAGGGGCGCCAUCGUCAACAUGGGAUCGGCGUCGUCCGAGGGCAUCAACUCCUUCCCCCUCCACACCAUGUAUUCCGCCACCAAAAGGUACGUCGCUCAGUUCUCCAGGAGCCUUUACGUUGAGUACAAAAGCAAGGGGAUAGAUGUCCAAUGCCAGGCGCCGUUCUUCGUGUCGACUACGAUGGCUUCCGGCUUCGCCGCGGCCUGGCGGUCGUCGGCGUUGGUGCCCACAGCCGACACGUACGCGCGCGCGGCUGUGGGCUGGAUCGGCAAGGGCAGCCCGCUCUGCGUGCCCAACCUCAGGCACCGGCUCCUGGGGUGGUAUUUGGCCGCCGUGCCAGGCGGCGUGCAAGACUGGUUCUGCCUGCGCGAGAACCUGCGGCACAGAAAGAUGCUCCGGAGCGCGAGAUCGCCGAGGGCGUCAGCGUGCAGGCCGCAUGGACAUGGGAUACCAUCCAUUGAGUAGGCGCUCUGCAUUGUUUCGAAACUCUCUGGAUUGUAAUGCAUGCCAGUUAUUCUAUCGGAAAAAUAUGAGUAUCGGACAUCACGAAUCUGUUUCUUACUACAUAUGUUACCCUAGAUUUCGUUAUUAAAGAAGUACGUCCCACUUUCCCAGCUCAGUUGCAAAACCUCAUUUGCUGCAUGGAAAGCCCGAGCUUGAUGCCAGUUGUAGACAUGCACCACCGGGGCAAUGGCAAGGAGAGAGGAGCUUGCCAUUAGGACAUUAUUAGGACAUUUGUGGCCUCGGUUUAAUGUGUAAUCUAGUCACCUAGUGUGCUCCUCUACUCCCACCCCACCCCAACUAUACAUGUAAUUCCUUUGUACUCGUCUGGUGUCUUAAUUUAAUACUCCCCCCGUUCCUAAA